AUGACGAUUAAGCUGGUCGUUGGAGGGUUUAUUUUGCACAUUAUUAGUGCUUACGCACCGCAAGCGGGCUUGGGCGAGGAGGAGAAAAGACGUUUUUGGGAGGAUUUGGACGAGAUGAUGGGAGGUAUACCGCCCACUGAGAAGCUAUUCAUCGGAGGAGAUUUCAAUGGGCACAUUGGGUCAAUUUCGGGGGGAUAUGAUGAUGUACAUGGAGGUUGUGGUUUCGGGGACAGGAAUAGAGGAGGAGUUGCACUGUUGGAUUUCGCAAAAGCCUUUGGGCUGGUGGUAGCCAACUCGAGUUUCCCGAAGAAGGAGGAGCACUUGGUAACCUUUCGUAGUUCGGUGGCUAAGACGCAGAUAGACUUUUUACUCCUUAGGAGGGAUGAUAAAUGUCUUUGUAAAGACUGCAAAGUGAUUCCGAGUGAGAAUCUAACGACCCAGCAUAAGCUCUUGGUGAUGGAUUUGGAAAUCAAGAUGAGGAAGAGAAAGAGGGUCGUGGAUGACAGGCCUAGGAUCAAAUGGGGGAGUUUGACCAUGACGGGUGCCUUGGAGAUGGGGGAGAAGUUGAGGACUAUGGGAGCCUGGGAGAGUAGUGGGGAGGCGACCAACAUGUGGGAUAGGACGUCCGGCCGCAUUAGGGGAAUGGUAGCUAGAGAGGUGCGCGGGGGUCUCGAAGGGUAG